AUGCCGAUCAUCAAAUCCACCCACGAUGUCUCGCUGCCAAUCGCAUCGAGGGUGGAGUACCUUGCCAUCCAGCUCAAGCUUGGACAGUUGAACAUCGCAGUCGUCGUCCUCUACAACCCUACUGGAGCGAACCCAGCCUUCAGCCAAAACUAUGAAAAGCUGCUGCUGGACCUGCUGGACUUUGGGUUCGACCGGACCUUUGUCCUGGGCGAUUUCAACAUCAACGUCGCAUCCAAUCAACCGGCCGCCAACCUGACCGCGUUGAGACAGAUUAACAUGACCUUCAACCUGACAGUGCUUGCGACCGACCACACCAGAAUUACCGACACAUCUGCAACCACGAUCGACCUAAUGAUCACCGACUGUCCUCAACUCAUCAAGAAAGCGAAAGUUUCUCCUGCCAGCACCAUCUCGGACCACGAUGUGGUCUAUCUACUGGCUGACGUCAAGAUUCGAAAGCCGGUCCAACGUUCGGUACGUGUGCGUAACUUCCGGAACAUCGAUGCGCUUCAGCUCCAAGCGGAGUUUCAAGGCCUAGACCUUCGACCGUUCUACGAAGCAGAAGACGUCAACGAGAAAGCCGAACUGCUAACCGCUAAGGUCACCAACCUGCUGGAUACGCACGCCCCGGAGAGAUCGAUUCCCGUGCGUGACGAGCGUUCCCCGUGGAUAACAGCACAAAUCAAGCGGGCAACCGAGCUGAGAGACCUAGCAUACAAGCUCUACUCGCGCAACCCCAACAGGAGAAGAGGCGAUGAUCAGUGGCUGGAGUACUUGCGCCUGCGGGACCGCGCGAGUUCGUUGAUCGCUGUUGCAAAGAAGCGCUACGCCGAGCAACAUUUCGGACAUGAUCUCCCAGCCAAGAAGCUAUGGAGUAAUCUCAAACGGGAAGGUAUCCACAAUCCGUCCAAGCAAAGCACCUCGGCGGAUGAGAUCGAUCCGGACGAACUCAACUGCUUCUUCGCAGAAGGCCACCGGCGGCUUGGAGCAAACCGUAACGGUAACGCAUCGCCAAAUGAACCGAGACACAGGACAGCGGUGGAUCACGGCGGGAACGAGUUCAACUUUCGACACACAAACGUUGACGAAGUCUGCCGAAAGAUGUUUGACAUACACACGAAUGCAACGGGUUCGGACGGCAUCCCGAUUUCGUUCGUCAAAUUGCUUUGCCCUUUCGUCCUUCCGGUGCUCUCCCAUCUGUACAACGCCAUCAUCUCAGCCCAAACCUUUCCAGCCCUGUGGAAAAAAGCCAUCAUCACGCCCAUCCCCAAGACUUCCAACCCAGUUUUGCCGAAGGAUUUUCGCCCCAUUAGUGUCCUUCCUGCAGUCUCAAAAGUGCUGGAGAAGAUCUUGCUCGAUCAGAUUACGGACCAUCUGGACAACCCGAACAAUCGUCUACUCGCUGGUUUCCAGUCUGGCUACAGAAAAGGUUACGGCACCACAACUGCACUGGCGAAGGUCACGCACGAUGUGUAUAACAACCUCGAUGACAACCGCUGUACGGUGAUGGUUCUGGUGGACUUCUCGCUCGCUUUCAACUGCGUUGACCAUCGUCUGCUGGAACGAAAGCUCAGUGGAGAAUUUCGUUUCUCGGGAGCUGCCUGCGGACUCGUCUCGUCAUUCCUCGGACAAAGGUCGCAGUCUGUCCGCCAUCGAGAGGCAGUCUCCUCAGUUCGCGAGGUUCGAGACGGCACACCUCAAGGUUCGUGCCUGAGUGCUCUGCUAUUCAGCCUGUACGUCAACAGCCUGCCGUCCGUUCUGAGGUGCAGCUACCAGCUGUAUGCAGACGAUCUCCAGAUCUACACCUCGGGGCCAGCAGCGGAAGUAGAUAGUCUGGUAAGGAAAAUCAACGAGGAUCUGGAAGCGAUCACAAGAUGGGCAAACGCGAACUGUCUUCAUCCUAACCCGAAGAAGACACAGGCCAUCAUCUUUUGCCGAACAGGGACAGUGGAACCGCAGGAGAAUGUCACGUUCAGUGGAGAGAUCGUACAGUGGUCGAGUACGGUUACCAACCUCGGCCUCCAGAUGGACAAGAACAUGACCUGGACACCUCAAGUAAACGGCGUGGUGCAGAAAGCCUUCAACACGCUGAGGACAUUCCGGCGCUUCGCGGCGGUUCUCUCCGCUGAGACUCGGCGGAAGCUGGUGCAAGCCGUUGUGAUGCCCAUUUUCACGUACUGUGACGUCGUGUACCACCACGGCCUCUCCGUGGCACUGAAAGAGCAACUGAACCGGUGCUUCAAGUCGGCGGUGCGCUUCGUCUACAACCUCAGACGCCGCGAGACAACUGCGGCAGUUCGGAACAGCAUCCUUGGACACGACCUACUGGCCAACUUCCACCUACGUACCUGCUGCUUCAUUAAGCGAGGGUGCGACGGCGACCUGCCUGAUUAUCUUCAAGAACAUCUAGUGCACGGCCAGCAGCAACGAACGCGGAACCUGAUCGUCCCAAGACACACAACAUCGAGCGGCAAGAGUGUGCUGACAGCUGGUGCUUCCUGCUGGAACAACCUCCCCGUGGACAUUAAGCACAAACCUACUUUCUCUCAAUUUAAAAGUGCGCUAAAACGACACAUUCAAGCUUAG